UGAUUUUGCAUUUUCGGGGAGAGAACUGUAUGUAAACAAUACAGUUCUCUCCCCUGUCAGCUCCUGCACACUGCUUUGCAUGGCUUUGCCAUGCAAAGCAGUGUGCUUACAGUGAAGCACAGACGCACAGCCCGAAGUAAAACAGCACACAGUUAACCUUUUGAUUGCACCAGAUGUUAACCCCUUCUUGCCCAGUGUCAUCAGUACAGUGUCAGCGCUUUUUAUUAGCACUGAUCACUGUAUUGGUGUCACUGGGGAUGUCAAUGACACCAAGUCAGUUACCCCCCAGUGUCAGAAUUCCCGCUGGAGUCCCGCUAUAA